GGGAAAAGGCGCGAGGGCGGAAGGGGAAACUUGGUUUUUCCUCUGGUCUGUUCCAGGCCGCGGGGAAGGGUCGGCGCGGGCGGAGCUCGGGGCAUGUGGGACCCCCGCGCGUUCGAGCGGCGCUGGCGGGCCGAGUUCCCCGGGACGGAGGUGCCGGUCCCGAGGCUGGAGUCGGUGCGCGACGCCGAGCGGGAGCUGGAACGCUGCAGACUCAACCUGGAGCGGCUGCAACAGGUGCUGGCGGAGGAGCAGCUCAAAGCCUCUCUCCUGCAGGCCGCGCUGGCCGGGGACCCGGAGCGCCCCGACCCCGAAGCUGAGCCUCCCCGCGGGGACCCCGAGCGCCCCGACCCCGAGGCUGAGUCUCCCCGCGUGGACCUGCCCGCCUGGCCCGGGGCGGCCAGAGAAGCGGGCGGGGGAAGGACCUGGGCCGACGCCGUCCACCAGCAGCUCCUGCAGCCGCAGCUGCGGUUCCGGGCCCGGGAGGACGACGCGCCCCUCGGGGACCCCCACGCGGCUCCCGGCAUGGACGAGGGGGGCGACGGCAGCGACCACGACUUCGAGAUGGUGGAUUUCAACGAGAAGUUCGUCCUCGGCCCCUGGCUGGCGGCCCCUUGCCGGUUCGGGACCCGCGAGGAGGCGGAGAGGCCGGGGCGCGCGUGCAGCCCCCACCGCUGGACGCACCUGAUCCCCGGGGGGCGGCGGCCGCAGCGGGGGACCCGCGACCUGGAGCAGCGGGAGGCCGAGGCCAAGGACCGCCCGGGCUCGCCCCUCGCUGCGGAGGAGCCCCCCAGGCGCGAGCACCUCCCCCCGUGGAGGCGCCAGAGGUUCCUGCGGGUGCCGGAGCGACAUUCGCCCGGUCACAGCUCGCCGGAGAGAGACAGCGACGGCAGCCGGCACAGCUCCGACCGCGAGGACGGCUUCUCCGCAGACUUCAGCUACGGGACGGACGAGUACGACGGAGAGGGGAAUGAGGAGCAGAAGGGGCCCCCGGAGGGCUCAGAGACCAUGCCGUACAUCGACGAGUCGCCCACCAUGUCCCCGCAGCUCAGCGCCCGCAGCCAGGGCGGGGGGGAUGGCGUCUCCCCGACUCCACCUGAGGGGCUGGCUCCUGGGGUGGAAGCAGGGAAAGGCCUGGAGAUGAGGAAGCUGGUUCUCUCGGGGUUCUUGGCCAGCGAAGAGAUCUACAUUAACCAGCUGGAAGCCCUGUUGCUGCCCAUGAAACCCCUGAAGGCCACCGCCACCACCUCCCAGCCCGUGCUCACCAUCCAGCAGAUCGAGACCAUCUUCUACAAGAUCCAGGACAUCUACGAAAUCCACAAGGAGUUCUACGACAACCUGUGCCCCAAGGUGCAACAGUGGGACAGCCAGGUCACCAUGGGCCACCUCUUCCAGAAGCUGGCCAGCCAGCUCGGCGUGUACAAAGCAUUUGUGGAUAACUAUAAAGUCGCUCUGGAGACAGCCGAGAAGUGCAGCCAGUCCAACAACCAGUUCCAGAAGAUCUCAGAGGAACUCAAAGUGAAAGGUCCCAAGGACUCCAAGGACAGCCACACGUCCGUCACCAUGGAAGCUCUGCUCUACAAACCCAUCGACCGGGUCACUCGGAGCACCUUAGUCCUACAUGACCUGCUGAAGCACACACCUGUGGACCACCCCGACUACCCGCUGCUGCAGGAUGCCCUCCGCAUCUCCCAGAACUUCCUAUCCAGCAUCAACGAGGACAUCGACCCCCGCCGGACUGCAGUCACAACACCCAAGGGGGAGACACGACAGCUGGUGAAGGACGGCUUCCUGGUGGAAGUGUCGGAGAGCUCCCGGAAGCUGCGGCAUGUCUUCCUCUUUACAGACGUCCUGCUGUGUGCCAAGCUGAAGAAGACCUCUGCAGGGAAGCACCAGCAGUAUGACUGUAAGUGGUACAUUCCCCUGGCCGACCUGGUGUUUCCGUCCCCCGAGGAAUCUGAGGCCAGCCCCCAGGUGCACCCCUUCCCAGACCAUGAGCUGGAGGACAUGAAGAUGAAGAUCUCCGCCCUCAAGAGUGAAAUCCAGAAGGAGAAAGCCAACAAAGGCCAGAGCCGGGCCAUCGAGCGUCUGAAGAAGAAGAUGUUUGAGAAUGAGUUCCUGCUGCUGCUCAACUCCCCCACCAUCCCGUUCAGGAUCCACAAUCGGAAUGGAAAGAGUUACCUGUUCCUACUGUCCUCGGACUACGAGAGGUCAGAGUGGAGAGAAGCAAUUCAGAAACUACAGAAGAAGGAUCUCCAGGCCUUUGUCCUGAGCUCAGUGGAGCUCCAGGUGCUCACAGGAUCCUGUUUCAAGCUUAGGACUGUACACAACAUUCCUGUCACCAGCAAUAAAGACGACGACGAGUCUCCAGGACUCUAUGGCUUCCUUCAUGUCAUCGUCCACUCUGCCAAGGGAUUUAAGCAAUCAGCCAACCUGUACUGUACCCUGGAGGUGGAUUCCUUCGGCUAUUUUGUUAGCAAAGCCAAAACCAGGGUGUUCCGGGACACAGCGGAGCCCAAGUGGGAUGAGGAGUUUGAGAUCGAGCUGGAGGGUUCCCAGUCCCUGAGGAUCCUGUGCUAUGAGAAGUGCUAUGACAAGACCAAGGUCAACAAGGACAACAACGAGAUCGUGGACAAGAUCAUGGGCAAAGGGCAGAUCCAGCUGGACCCACAAACUGUGGAGACCAAGAACUGGCACACGGACGUGAUUGAGAUGAACGGGAUCAAAGUGGAAUUUUCCAUGAAAUUCACCAGCCGAGAUAUGAGCCUGAAGAGGACCCCGUCCAAAAAGCAGACCGGUGUCUUCGGCGUGAAGAUCAGUGUGGUGACCAAGCGGGAACGCUCCAAGGUGCCCUACAUCGUCCGGCAGUGCGUGGAGGAGGUGGAGAAGAGGGGCAUCGAGGAGGUUGGCAUCUACCGGAUAUCAGGUGUGGCCACGGACAUCCAGGCGCUCAAGGCCGUCUUCGAUGCCAAUAACAAGGACAUCCUGCUGAUGCUCAGCGACAUGGACAUCAAUGCCAUCGCCGGCACGCUCAAGCUCUACUUCCGGGAACUGCCCGAGCCCCUCCUCACGGACCGACUCUACCCAGCCUUCAUGGAGGGCAUCGCCCUGUCAGACCCUGCUGCCAAGGAAAACUGCAUGAUGCACCUGCUCCGCUCCCUGCCCGACCCCAACCUCAUCACCUUCCUCUUCCUGCUGGAACACUUGAAAAGGGUUGCCGAGAAGGAGCCCAUCAACAAAAUGUCACUUCACAACCUGGCUACCGUGUUUGGACCCACGUUACUGAGACCCUCGGAAGUGGAGAGCAAAGCACACGUCACCUCGGCUGCUGACAUCUGGUCCCAUGACGUCAUGGCGCAGGUCCAGGUCCUCCUCUACUACCUGCAGCACCCCCCCAUUUCCUUCGCAGAACUCAAGCGGAACACACUGUACUUCUCUACCGACGUGUAGCCCGAGGCAGGGUGGCUGCGGGGAGGGGGUGGAGCCAGCCCCUCCAGCCCGGGGCCCAACCCAGACUUGAAAGACUGCAAUAGCAAACUCCCAAACCCA